AUGUCGACCAGCCGCAAAUUAAAGAGUCAUGGCAUGAGAAGGAGCAAGAACAGAUCUCCUCACAAGGGAGUGAAGAGAGGUGGCAGCAAAAGAAAAUACCGGAAGGGCGGCCUGAAGAAUAGGAAACGAGGCGAUGAUGCCAAUCGCAAUUACCGCUCCCACGUGUGA